AUGGUCGAGUUUUGGGGUGCGGAAACUCCAUUUGCUAAUUUCAAUCGUAAAAAAUCGUCUACCUGCUUUGAACCUGGCCUUAUGACGGACGAAACUCCUCGUCGACCUAACUACAGCAAUACUAUCCAGUCGAUGACACUGAUUGAGAACAGUCUCACAAACUUCUCUCUGAACAACAUCAAUAACAUGUUCAACUGUCGUCAUCCAAAGAGCCAAGUAUCACCAUAUCUUCUCUGGCCGUUUAGUAACAAAGCAAUUAUAUGCAAUUUUUCCGACUGUAUGAUGUUUUUAUUUCUAUCCUUACCUGCAGCCUUUGGCAAUAUAAUGGUUUGCCGGCUUUACUGUCCGUGA